AGCAAGAUGGAGUCGCGGGACACGCUCUUGGCCGCCACGCCGCCGUCCAGCAACAGCAGUGACGCCAAGGUACCUGCUUCGACUCGUCACGUGCGCCGGCAGCAAGAGGAGCUGGCGUACCUCAGAGACAAGAUCACCGAGCUCCACAGCGUGCUCGAGGUGCUCAUGCUGGACAAGGAAGUCGAAGAGGCCGUGCGCCCGCCGGGCCAGUGGAAGCAGCUUGCACAAAACGAGCGCAAGCGACAGCACGAUGCACUCGCCGAAAACGAGCGCUUGAAGGCCGCAGUGCAGGAGCAAGUCCACUUUGCCGAGUCGCUCGCCUCGCUCCUCCGGAAGAAGCCGCGGCUCUGUCUCUUCCCGACCGACCCCCGCGACCAGUGGCGCGAGCUGCACUUGGUGCGCGAGCCGAGCGCGCGACGAGACGCCUUCCAUGCGAUCGUCGACCGUGAGUACAAGCUCCUCAACAGCGCGUUCAUCGAGGCCGGGCUCAUCGAGUCGGCGGCGCAAGCGCCGAGCCACGAGCCCCGUUUGCACAACCACACGCUCGAAAUCCAAUCCAAGUACGCCGUGGCGCUGCCGCUGCCUGGCGCCGCCGACGUGAGCGCGCAUCUCGCGCUCGUCUCUGCGACGCUAUGGGACGUGCUCCGGGGUGCGGUCACGAUUCCAACACGCAGCAAGACGCGUGUGCUCCUCGACCAAGUCGACGACAGCGUGUCGUACUCGAUGAACACUAAACCGUACCGACUCGGGACGACCCAGCGCCGGAUGAUCUACAAGCUCUACAAGGAGACGACCCGGAGCGUCGUCGUCGGGCGCAGCAUCGAAGGCGACGAGCUGUAUCCGAUCACGACCGACUGCGACGUCUCGAAGGAGGUCAUGUGGUGCACAAUCGAGCCGACUCCGAAUGCAAUUUUGCUCAAGUACUUUCACAAGACACAGCCGUUCCGGGCAAACGACGGCGAAAUGUCGCCGCGCCUCAUUAGCGAGUACCUCGUCGAUAUCCACGGCACGUUUAGCGACGCGACCGAGGUCAUUAAGCACGAGGUCCAAGAUCGCGUUGCGUUAAGGAGUCGUAUUCAGUGAACCUCUGGCGCCAUCGAGACGCCAGUUGUGCGACCUACAGUGUAGUAGCGGCGAGAUGGUGUUUGACUAAUCUAAUGGGUGCGUCGGAGACGGUUAUGCACGCCAACAACGACGUCAUAACAACCAUGGA